UUUUAAGUUUUGAUUUUUCUUUCGUGCCCUCCAAAUUUUACCAAACAAUGGUGGAAUCAAAGACCAAAUUUGAAGAAAUCAGGAAAUGGGUCUCCGAUCACAAGCUUCGUACCGUCGGUUGUUUAUGGCUCAGUGGUAUUACCGGUUCUAUCGCCUAUAACUGGUCCCAACCUGCCAUGAAAACCAGUGUCAAGAUCAUCCACGCCAGUGUAUGGGCAUGGGAGAUUGUAUCACAUUUCUCACCUGAGUUUCUUCUCAGGUUGCACGCACAGGCACUGACUUUAGCUGCUUUGGCUGGAGCAGCCGUUGUGGAGUACUAUGACCACAAAACUGAAGCUACCAACCGCUAUCCGAAAUUUCUGCCGCCGGAAAAUUUAUCUCAUAAAGACUAAAAACUCUAAACCCCUAAGCUGCAAUGGUGGUUGCUGCUUUUUUCUGUUUGGUACAAGGUCUCGUAGCUAGAGAGAAUUUUUGUAGACCUUUCAGGGGAAUUUUCAUGUAUUGAUAAAAAACAAAUUGGCUUAUUAUAUCAUUCUUUGCAUACUUUCAAGGGAUUGCUAUGUGUUGUAAUCUUAGUGUUGGAGUUUGCACACAAAAUACAGAUUUCUAAGAUAA